GUUUAUGGACUGGCACAUUGCAGGCAAGCGGCACAAGAGCCGAGUAAGAGAUCGUCAAGGCAUGCAGAUGAGGUAGUCGGUGAAUCCAAUGAACUGCAAAGCAUCUCCCAACAUGGGGCAGGGAGAGACUGGCAGUGUCACCCCCUGGUUUGCUAACCAUGUGUACAGCCGCUACUGGCAGCACUACCAGCAGGCUAUGGCCUGGCACCAGAGACACAGGCGUGCCUACCAGAAAGCCUUGGAGGCAGCCUAUGGCCCUGGCUACUAUCACAACCAGUACGCCAGCACGCGCAACCGUUACGCUGACUGGGACGAUUCGGAGAGAGAGGACGCAGAGAUGGGAGGGCCUGCUGCUGCAGACAGGGACGACCAAGAUGGAGAAGAUAUGGAUGAGGACAGCAGCUCAGACAGUGAGAUCGAGUGUGAUGUCAACAACAUGGAGAUCACCGAGGAGCUGAGGCAGUUCUUUGCCCAGACAGCGAGACACAAAGAAGAGCUGAAGAGGCAGCAAGAGAUGGAGGCGGAGCAGCAGGACAGCUACAUACCCGCUGACCAAGACAUGCACCGGGUUUCCUGGCAAAGCACCGGGGCGCCCCCCUUGGAGCGGCCCGGCGAGAGGCGCAGGGCCGAGAUGAAGAAGCUGUAUGGCGAAGACGCGGCCAAGAUCCAGGGCAUGGAGACGGCCAUGCAGCUGACCUUUGACAGGAAAUGUGACCGCUUGCAGCCCAAGUACUGGCCUGUCAUCCCUCUGAAACUGUAGCACCUUCUGGAAGGACAUGUUUCACUUUGGAUGAUAGAUAGUAAUGGUGAUAGCCAGAAAACAAUGGGAAUGUCAAAUACAGGGGCAGCUACAGAAAAUCACUCCUGGAGCAAGGAGCACACUCACUUAACUUACCUAAGGACACGCAAGUUGGAUGUGAACAGAUAAGUGUAAUUGCUUUCGGAUCUAUCUGGAUAAGGACACUUCCCAGCCAUUUAGUUUUAGAUGAUAUAGCAGGUGGGGGGUUUAGUUUCCUUUGUAAUACACUGCUAAGAUCAGCGUGCAGUUCUGAACUAUGAUCAGGAGAUAGCGCUGUCAGACAAUCGUAACUCCUUCCUCCAUUGUCUUUGAUUCAGCAACACCUCUGUUCCUUAACAAAAACGAAACGUGCAAGAGCACAAGCAAAAUUUGGGUCAGGUUUUGGGGUCAGAAGUACAGUAGAAAUGUCCCCGUGAGGGAUGUAAAUGAAUUCGCUGAACAUUUGCCCCCCCCCCCCCCCGAGUACUUUCCUCCUGAUCUGUUUUCUGUUUACCCUCUAGGUUGACAACAUUUCAUGCUUUGGUAGCUGUCCUCUUAUGCCUGUCAGGUUAGUUUAGCCACAACGACGGGGCUUGUUUUUUUUAUUUUUUACCUCCAUUAUAAAAUGUGCCUGCCUGGCUGCUGCUGCAACUCCACAUUGUAGCAUGCAUGAUGGAUGAACUGUUGUCACUCUAUACGCUACCUUUUUGGUUUUUAAGCUCAAAGCAACCCCCCCAAAUGUUAACAUGAUGGAUAUUGACCACUGUAUAUCAUCCUGUCUUCGACACAGAACUUAUACACCCUUUCUGUUUUUACAUUUUGUCAUAUUUGUUAUGGUCUCUAAUAAAGUUUACCUACUUUCCGAGUGGUCACCGCCAA